AAUCAGGUGAAACUGCUGGACCGAUCGACUUUCACGAAUUUUUCUUGCCUCCUUACUUUUAACUUCAACGGUUAAAUCUCACUGCAAACCAUUCGAUGGACUCACCAUCAUGGGCAGACGUUUUCCACUCAGCUUUCAACUCAUGUCUUCAUUGCUUCCAGGCACCUUCCGUUGACAGUGACAGCGAAUCUGUUCACAGACCGCCACGAUACCUCGAGUCACUGUUAACCGAGCCUCUUCUGGAUACAGAUACAGAAGCUGAGACUGUUUCUCUCCAUUCCAAUGUUGGCGAUAAUCGACGACGGAGGAGUCGAAAACAGAAACAGAAGAAACAAAUCACAUUCUUUGGUUUCGACUUGUUCGGUAAACGCUCAACAGGUCCAAUUCACCUUCCAGAGGAUGAUGAUGAAGAAGUUGAUGGGCUUCUUCGGCGGUCAAGACGUCAGCGUCAGCGACCAACUCGGAUUUCAUCCUCGUCUUCUCCUUCAACAAUUACGUUUGACGGUAACGUAUCUGACGCCGCGCCGUUGGACUCCGCGGCUAUCGAUGAGCGGGUCAUAGAGGAAGAGGAAUUACGGGCUGCAAAGGCACGAGAGAAGGACGAAAGGAGGAAAAAGAGGAAGGAAAGGAAGGAGAUGAAAAAACUAGCACGGGUCUUGAUGCAAAAUGGAGGCCAAGGUGACUUCGAGGGAUUCCAAGGCAGUGGAGGCUCAUACCCUCAUAUUCCUUCUCCCUUCCAACAAGGGUUUCUUCCCAGUCCAAAUUCUGAUGAUUUUGGGGCUUUCCACCAAGCUCAAACUCAUGCCGACAACAGGGAUGAAGAUGAAGCAGCAGACCUAGAUGGCAGUCUUUACGCUGCCAGAAAGCUCAAUGACGGAGGUAGUUCAGUAUCUGGCGGAGGUUCUGACUCCCGUCGAUCACCUAGGGGAACGUCGGCUUCUCAUUCAGAUUUUUCUAAUCCUCGUUCUUUCGCGGAAGACUCUGUCCCCUCUCGGCCAAAGAAGAAGAAGUCCAAGAAAUCUUCAGCUUCAACGUCUUCCUCUUCCAAAACUAAAUCCAGUAACUCUCGUUCCUCAGCUUCAGCUACGUCCUCAGAACAGACCGAGUCGCUAGCCUCACCUAUAUCCUCGAUGAGUCCCGCGAGUCCUCAGACUACCACCCUGCCGUCGGUAGCGGUGGACAAACCUACCUUGGAACUUGAAGGCUCUGGAUUUCCGAGAUCCGGAUUCGGGAUUGAGCGUAGCUUCCCGAGUCCUGGGCUUGGAUUUAAUGGGGCACCACGGAACGGAGUAGCACGAGGAGGAGCUUUUCUUGCUAGUCGAGACUGAGAAUGAUUAUAUCUAGUCGUAUCUUGAUUUAAAGUUUCUCUCAUGUAUGGACUUCUAUAUCCAGUAUAUCCUAUGGAUUUGCGAAGUGUCUUGUAUAUCUGUAUCCUGUACUGGUAUCACUUACUGAUAUGACAUACUUUCUCGAUAACACCGAAAUAGGC